CCCCCUUUUGCAGCAGGCGGCGGGGCCGGUCCCAGCCCGGCCGAGGGCUCCACACCACGAACCCGCUUGGGGUGGCCGGAGAAGGGUCCGGCGCGCUCCUCCAUGGCUGCUCGGGACCGAAAAGCGCCCCCCAAAUCUGCUGCCCUCGUCGCUGGUGUUUGGGGGUCACCCCUCCCUGGAGAGCCCCGGGGGUCUCGCCCCAUCACCCUGGAGAGCUCGGGAUAACUCAGAUGCGGCAUCGGAGUUGCCUGACCCCGUCCUGACCCGGCCUUCACCCGCACUCCCCGUGCCAUGAAGAGGAAGCCGGGGAACGGGCGGGGGCCGGACCCCGCGGCCCCCCAGCAGCGAGCCCGCUCUGUCACCAAGCCAGCAGAGUACGUGGGAUCCUUCACGCUGGAGGAGCCGGAGCUGCAGCAGCGAGCGGGGCGGGUGGAGGAGCAGCUGCGGGCACUGAAGGACUGUCCCAGCAGGAGGUCGGUGCUGCUCAGGUUCAGCUUGCAGGGGCUGAAGGUCUACGGAGCUGAUGGGGAGACGCUGCUGAUGGCACACGCGCUGCGCCGCAUCCUCUACAGCACCUGGAGCCUCCCCGACCGCCAGUUCGCCUUCGUGGCCCGCAACCCCCAGAGCCCCCCCAGCGCCCUCUUCUGCCACCUCUUCGUGGGGCUCCCGGGAGAGGUCCAGACCCUGCACCUCCUGCUCUGCCGCUCCUUCCAGCUCUGCUACCUCCUGGCGCACCCCGAGGAGCAGGCGGCCGAGGGGGAGCUCCCGGGGCCGGGGGUGCUGCGGGAGCCCCUCAACCCCGAGGAGGUGUCACGAAAUGUCAACGCCCUCGUGUCCUUCCGGCGCCUGCCCGGCCUCGGCCCGCUGGGCACCGGGGAGCGGCGGCCCGAGGCGGAGGGCAGAGCCUGGCGCCCGGGGAACCCGUACUGCUCGCCGGUGCUGGUGCGCAAGAAAGCCAUCCGGAGCAAAGUGCUGCGCUCGGGAGCCUACCGGGACUGCGGGGCCGAGGGGCAGCUCCACCAGCAGCCCCGAGACGCCGCGGCGGCGGGAGGGGAAAGCAAAGGGGCGAGGAGCUUGGCCUUCCUGCCCGAGAACGAGAGCGUCCUGGCCGAGAGCGUGUGGUCCUUCGCCGGCAUCGCCAGGGCCGCGGGGGUCUCGCUGUUGCGGCGGGACGUGCCCGGUUCGUUCCUGCUGCGCGCCGAGCCGGGGCUGCCCAAGCGCUGGUGCCUGUGGGUGCGGGCUCCGUGCGGCGUGGUGAGCUACGGCGUGCUGCGGACACAGCACGGCCGCUUCUGCGUGGAGCACUCCAACGCCGAGUUCUCCAGCGUGGCCGCUCUCCUGGCGCACUACUCCGGCCCACCGGGGGGCUGCUUCUGCCGCCUGGGCCCCGGCCGGCGCAACCCCGGCUACGAGGAGCGGGACCCGGGCGGCGGCGGGGCCAGCGCGGGGCCGGGAGAGGCCGCCUGGGCCCCCGCCGCCCCCGCCGGGGCGCAGCACGAGCGGGGAUAGCCCCGGACCCCGCACGGCCCCCCCGGCACCCCCGGCUCUCACCCGCUGCCUGCCUUACCCCGGCCCCGGCCGCUCCCCGCAAUA